AGAAGAAGAAGAAGAAGAGGAAACAGGAGCAGAAGAAGAAGAAGAAACAAAUGGAAGAAGACACAGAAGCUGAAUAAACAGAAGAAGAAGAAGAAGAAGAAACAGAUAAAGAAGAAGAUGAAGAAGAAGCAGGAAAAUAAGCAAAAGCAGAAGAAACAGGAGCAGAAGAAGAAGAAGAAACAGAAGCAGAAAAGGUAGAAGAAGCAGAAGAAGAUGAAAAAGAAGAAGAAACAGGAGCUGAAGAAGACGAUGAAGAAGAAGAAACAGGAGCAGAAGAAGCAGAAAAAAAUCGAAGAAACAGAAGCAGAAUAAACAGAUGAAGAAGAAGAAGCAGCAGAUGAAAAAACAGGAGCAGAUGAAGAAGCAGAAAAAAUUUGAAGAAGACACAGAAGCUGAACAAACAGAAGAAGAAGAAGAAGAAAAUGGAACAAGACACAGAAGCUGAAUAAACAGAAAAAGAAGAAGAAGAAGAAGAAGAAAAAGAAGAAGAAGAGGAAGCAGAAGAAGAAGAAGAACAAGAAGAAGAAACAGAAGAAGAAAAGGUAGAAGAAGCAGAAGAAGACGAAAAAGAAGAAGAAGAAACAGGAGCUGAAGAAGACGACGACGAAGCAGAAACAGGAGCAGAAGAAGCAGAAAAAAAUCGAAGAAACAGAAGCAGAAUAAACAGAUGAUGAAGAAGAAGCAGAUGAAGAAACAGAAAAAAAUUGAAGAAGACACAGAAGCUGAACAAACAGAAGAAGAAGAAGAAGAAGAAGAAGAAGAAGAAGAAGAAGAGGAAACAGAAGAAGAAAAGGUGGAAGAAGCAGAAGAAGACGAAAAAGAAGAAGAAGAAACAGGAGCUGAAGAAGACGACGAAGAAGAAGAAACAGGAGCAGAAGAAGCAGAAAAAAAAUCGAAGAAACAGAAGCAGAAUAAACAGAUGAAGAAGAAGAAGCAGAUGAAGAAGCAGAAAAAAUUUGAAGAAGACACAGAAGCUGAACAAACAGAAGAAGAAGAAGAGGAAACAGGAGCAGAAGAAGAAGAAGAAGAAGAAGAAAAUGGAAGAAGACACAGAAGCUGAAUAAACAGAAGAAGACGAAGACGAAGACGAAGAAGAAGAAGAAGAAGAAGAAACAGGAGCAGAAGAAGAAGAAGAAGAAACAGAUAAAGAAGAAGAUGAAGAAGAAGCAGGAAAAUAAGCAAAAGCAGCAGCAGAAGAAGAAGAAACAGAAGCAGAAAACGUAGAAGAAGCAGAAGAAGACGAAAAAGAA